AUGACUGAGCUUCUGAAGCAAUAUAGUACUGUCAUCAUCUUCAUUUUAGUCACCCUACUCGGCUUUGCAGUAGCUCAGCCUCCUUCGUCGAACUGUAGCCUUCAUUUUGACAUCCCGUCCAAUUCAAGUUGUGGAAAUGGAGAUUGGGGAGGGUUUCUGCACAAUAGCUGUUGUGCAACAGUAUUUGAUGACUACCUCUACGCAUUGGGGCAGCGCGCAAACCAAACAGGAUUCAUAUUUCUGGACUCUACCGAGCAGCGAAAUUGCCUUGAUGAAAUGCAAAAAUUUCAAAAGAAUGUGUUUGGAUGUGGGAUUGAGCAGCUGACAAGUGGUGCUGGUGGCUGCUCUGACUUCUCUGUUGGUGAAGUUACUAAUAAGUUUAAAGACAACUUGAGAAGUUUAGAUGAGAAAUGUAACAUUCAGAGUAUUGAUGGAUGUGAUUUAUGUGCUAAGAGUUGGGAAAAAAUAAGAGCAUUGGACUCACCAUCCUCCGAUCCAGUGUCUAUCAAGGCUGAAACACAAGUUUGCAGGUUUGCGGUUCUGGUGUCAUACACAAGUACUAAAAUCAAAGAUAAAGAUCAUCUCUUUACAGUUUAUAAGUGUCUUGAGGCACAAAAGUAUGAUGAUCAAGAUGGGAAGGGUAGAAAGAUAAGCUUAUUGAUCCUCAUCGGAGGCCUCGCAGUAGGAAUUGUCAUUUCAGUUGUAACAGUUGCAUGCAUCUUUUCCAAGAAACGUAUCAAAACUACUCAACCACCACAACUGGCCAAAAAGACAACUCCAUCUCCGAAAAUGGAAGCAGCAUUCAAGGAUGUGAUUUUAAAGGAGUCCGGUUGUCCAAAAGUUCCAAUCAAGGAAGUGUUAUAUGCUACAGACAAUCUAAGCCCAACACAUUUCCUUGGUGAAGGAACUGCUGGAAAGGUCUAUAGAGGCAUACUAUCCAACAAUCAGAAAGUAGCAAUUAAGCACAUUAUCGAUGAUGAAAAUGUGGGGACUUUUGCAAGAGAAUUUACAAGCUUAUCACACAUCAGACACCCAAACCUUGUUACUUUGCUUGGUUACUGUCUACAGGAAGAUGAGUGUUUCCUUGUGUAUGAGCUUUGUCCAAAUGGGAACCUCUCAGAAUGGCUUUUCGGUAAAGAUAAGUGUCUGUCCUGGAUCCAAAGGCUUGAGAUUGCAAUUGAUAGCGCUCAAGGUCUAUUGUUUCUUCAUACAUAUCCCGAAGGCUGCAUUGUUCAUCGUGACAUCAAGCCAACAAACAUUCUUCUUGGGGACAAUUUUGAAGCCAAGCUAUCAGACUUUGGACUAUCUAAGAUCAUUGAACUGGGUGAAACUUAUGUGAGUUCAGAAGUGAGGGGAACUUUUGGUUAUGUUGAUCCUGACUACCAGAGCAACCACCAUGUAAAUUCUUCUGGAGAUGUCUACAGCUUUGGAAUUGUACUUCUACAAAUCCUAUCAGGAAAGAAGGUUAUCAAUAUGAAUCUGAACACGCCAUUGCCAUUAAAUAAAAUGGCAAAAGGCCUUAACAGAGCUGGCAGCAUCAAUGAAUUCGCCGAUCCCAAACUUGAUGGGGACUACUCAGAAGAAGCUUUCAAUCUCACACUUCAGCUGGCUCUAUCAUGCACAGCACUUAGACAACAAAGACCAUCCAUGGAGCAAAUUGUUGUCAAAUUAGAGCAGGCACAUGACAUAUCAACACAGGCAAAGGCCUCUACUUCUGAAGUUUCAAUAGAUAGCUACCAAAGUUCAAAUCUAUGA